CAAAGGUGAGGAAGAUGGCGUCACUUCGCUGCACCUGAAAAUUCGUCUGCUCUUACUAAACAGAUUUUACGGAAUUUCAGCUGAAAUUUGAGAGAUUUCCAGUGUUCAUCAGAUCCACGUAAUUCUAGGUGCAGUUUCCUACAGGUAACAGUCCCGCCUAGCCUGUCAAUACACUGCAGACAUGUCGGGGCGCGAGUUCCUUCCCGAAGCGAUAGUCACGCGCGUCGCUGCUCUACCGACCGCCGCCCAAGUUCAAGGUUUCUGGAGCGGUGUGGCCGUUUGGGUGGACAAGCCCCACGUGGUCAACCGGCGACUGACCGGCGCGAAGGAGCUGGCCAGAAUCUGGACAAACGGCGCGGUCAUCAGCACACUUCUGCAGAACCCAAAGGCCCUCUUGGCUGAGGAGUCAUCAGAAGAAGGAAGGCUGCAGAAGAGACUGGAAGCGCUGAAGAUGGAAGGAAGGAAAGAAGCAGAGGCAGACGAUUUGGAACUGAUCGUCAGGGACCUGUUACCACGGCAACUGGAGAGGGCAAAGGUCGUCAGAGAGGUCAUUGUUUUGGAUCACCCCCAGACCCGUGCGUGGUUCGUCCCGCUGGGGGUCAGCCGACCUGAUGACCCUGACAGUGGGAGUGAGCUGAGCUUUAAGUCCUACAGAUUUGUCUACUCUGAUUCUGAAGACGACAGCCGAACAGGGAAAACUAUUGCACUAGACAUCCUGAGCCCACCAGAGGCGAGUGCUUCUGUACACAGCGGCGGGAACUGCAGCACAGGGGGCGCUGAUGCACACAGUCCGAAUGAUGACGGCAUCUGCAGCCCUACCACAAAGUGGCUUUGUUCUCACCUGCUUCCCAAGAUAGCCAAGUGGUCGGAGGAGACGGUUGCUAAGGGCAACAGAAGGAGGGUCCAGGAGCUGGUACCCAUCGACAGGUACAACGUCAGGUACCAGCAGCUGAAGAGGAGAUACGGCAGGAGGAUGAUACAGGUGGGCAGGAGGAUGGAGAAAAGUCAUUCUUAUCAUGAAAGCUCAUCUGUGUUGCUUGUGUGGGAGGAGGAGAGAAUGAGGCUGGGACUGGAGGAGAAACAGUCCUUUGUGGAUCUGGGCUGUGGAAACGGACUGCUGGUCUACAUCCUGGCUCAGGAAGGGCACCCUGGUAAGGGGAUAGAUGUGAGGAAACGCACAACCUGGGACAUCUACGGACCAGACACGGUGCUACAGAUGUCUGAAGUCGUGGCCAUGUUCGACAAGGAGACGUUACAGAAACUCAAGUGUGAAUGUGGAGGCCUCAAGACACUGCUGAAGAACAAGAACCAAGUCUUUAUCUUAAGAGGUGACAGUGUCAGGCUACGUGAUUGGUCGCUGGAGGAGGCAGGAGCCCACAAAUCUGCCGGCUCCACCAAUAGGAGGAGAGGUAAGAAGAAGAAGAAGACGGACAGGGAUCUGCGUGUGAAGACCAGUCUGUGCUGGUUUUAUCUGCACCAUCCCGACGGCUGCCCAAGACUGGCGCAGAACUGUUACUAUGCACACGGACAGGCAGAACUCAGGAACAAAAUAGGGAAAUAAUCAAUCAUGAAAGUUCACCUGUGUUGGUAGUUACAUGUUUAAAGUUAAAACUUUAGAUCCAACACAAAUUCUCUCACCUAGAGCUUUUGACCAGUUACUCUAGUCUUCCUCAGUAGACUGAUCCAGUGAAGCUUGUCACAUGGCUUCUUUGAAGUGUGACGUGGAAAAUCCCCUAGUUCUUUUCGACAAGCACCAUGAACAGGAACAAAAUAGGGAAGUAGUUAAGACAUACCGGUGCAACAGCUCAAUUGGUAGUCUUAAGAGUGCUCGCUUUGUAACCGGGAGGUCGUGAGUUCAAACCCUGGCCAGGUCAUACCAAAGACUUUAAAAUUGGUACACACUUCUUUCUUUCUCUGCUUAGCACUCAGCACAUAUGAGAAAGAGUGUGGGAAGGUCAAACACACAGCACUACCAGUGGACUAGCCCCCUGCUGUAGUGCCCUGCACAACUGUGUGUCGACCAAGGGCUACGGAAAUGGACAUGGGCACCAAACCCUAGUAUAUUCUCUGCAUAGGGCACGGAAAACCUUUUUAGGGCUGAACCAGUACUGGUUUGAAGCGGAACAACAUUGGGGAGCCAAAUUGAUGCAAAAACCGGAUCAUCGGACCUAAUGUACAUUUCUGUAGAUUGUAAAACACAUCUUAAGAUAAUCUGGCCAUGGCAGGUAAAGAAGAUAACCCUGAAUCAAACUUGAUUGGCCUUAAUCCAUGUUUGUCUUUUUCUGUUACUGUGUUCAGCUUUAAUAUUGGUACUUACAGUAUGGUACUUUUUAGUAGCAUAAAAAGUCCUGAUAACAUCAUCAUUACAUAAGA